AAAUUCACGGAAGUGAGCAGCAGCUGACAACAAACGCGGCGGUUUCAAAUCUGGCAGUGAUCAUGUCUAAACGAAAACAGGAUAAACAGAAAUCCGACACAAAUAUUUUAACUGAAGAAGGGCCCCGCUACUUUUUGAACCCAGAGUCUGUCAGUCACCACCUCUACUGCUCAAUAUGCCAGGAGGUAUUCUCAGAACCACAGAGGGCGCCAUGUGGUCACAGUUUCUGCAAGAAGUGUAUCCUACCCUGGCUGAAACAUGGACGGACCUGCCCCGAAGACAGGAAACCGUUGCAAGCCCACCAGCUCCAUCACGACUUCAUCCUGGAGAACAUCAUUGGGGACCAGAUGGUGGCCUGUCCACACAGAGGUGGUGGGUGUGAGUUCGUGGGACAGCUGCAGCAGCUAGCAUCACACAAGAAACACUGUGACUUCAACCCAUACAACCUCCCAGACUUUGUGCUGAAGAACACACCUCACUGUCUGACUACCCCACCCUGUGUGGAGCUGGAUGAAGACGUUGUGCCAUCCCCGGGAAAGCCGUCUCUGAUGUUGCGGUUGUUCCGUUCCGGGGAGUCUCAGAAGCAGCUGCUCAAGUCCAUGUUUGAUGGCAAGGAGAACAAGCCUUCCUGAUAGACCAUUUCCUGACCAACCCUUCUAUAUGUAUUUAUCUAAACUGAUUUCUCUGCAGAUUCUAUAAGAACAUAGAUUAAUCAUUAUCACUUGGGUUUGAUAAGUUAGAAAAAGUAGUUUUGCAGCUCAGGGAAAUAAAUAUAUGGGACUUUGUCUAUAACUGUUUCUGUAAUUUGAGUAGUUCCACUUGUUGGGAGUCUUGUGUGUUACUCACACCUCACUUUAUAUCUCCCAGAGGGGGCAGUGGUGGCCUAGUCGUCCAAGGAUCUGCAAUACCCAGUGUAGAGUGGCAUCCUUUGGGCAUGCCAGAAACCUGUGAUUGUGGGUUCAUAUCCUGGAUUGCAUGAUCAUGUUUCUAGGUUUAUCAGCACCAUACCUGUGCUUGUGAGUUUCAACAAAGUGGUAUCACUUUGGGUUUUCUUCCCACACGAAGCUGACACAACGUGAUAUAACUAGAAUACUGUUCAAAGCACAGUUAAGGAUCUUUCAUGCAAUCGUAAUCAGUAAACUGGUAGAAUCUGCCACAAUACCUAUAAAUAACCUGUAAUGUGCUGUUGUGUCCAUCAUGUGACAUAUAGUACUCAAUGUUUGAUAGGGAUAAUGAGAUAGGUCAUUCUAUUUAAAUAUACACCUGACAUAUUGAUUUUGAAUAUCAUGGAAAGAUAAAAAAAUAUCCCUAUGAAAAAUUGAGUGGCAUAUUGAUCCAGUUUGGCGCAUCUCUUGGUUCUUACAGUGUGAAGUACUCAUGGUGGAGACCUGAACAGCGAUUGCACCAGGCCUGGUAUCUAAUACUAAACAUUUUCAUAUAAAUGUACAUGUAAUACUUUGCUAUGGUCAGGGUAGUUCUGUCUCCUUGAGUAUUGUGACAUUGACACACUCAGCUCUGGGUCACCUAUCUAUGGUUAUAUUGAAGCAGUAUGAACAUGUUCAUGAUGGGGCUCCUUAGGUUUUAGCCUGCCUCCUGAGUUGUGAGCAUCUGCUCUACGGCAGCACUACAGUAUUGUACAGGCAUGAGAGGUUUUCACAAAUCUGGGGAUAUCAUUACAUCAAGGAUCACCUUUGUUAUACAUACCAUUACAAUACAUGUAUACUUCAUAUAGUUCCCCAGAUCCUUGACAAACCUUAUUGAAGAAAAACAUGUUCAUCCCAGAUUCUAUAGAGAUUUGUCUUUCUCAGAACACAUACAUAGUAUACACAUUUCUGCCAACAUUUGUAUAUAGGAUGUUCAUGAUGUACAAGUGUGCUAAGUUAUUGUAUUCAAAAGUAUUCAGAUGUUUUUCACUGGUACAUGUUAAUUGUAAUAAAUCAAAGAUACAUCAUC